AUGGUAUUAUCAAGAAUAUUCGGCAUACAAGCCUUCCGCCUCCAGCCCAUUGAAUGGGACUGCCCCGAAGAGUCCCUGGGCGCCCUUGUUGGCCCUUUGCACGGCGGCCGCUAUCAAUGCUGGGAAGUAGCCGGCAAAGCUCGUCAGAUUUUCACCAAGUUGAGCACCGAAAUUAAAGAAUACCUUGAGGCCACGACUAUCUCUACCUGCGAUAUCAUCUCGUGGUCUAUGUACAUGGUCGGCCGAACACCAGACAAAGCAGCACCCAAGGUUCUCAUCUGCUCUACAAACUCGAAAGUCCGAAAGUCCAUUCGGAAGUCAAUAGAGUAUAGUGGGAUCAUGAAAAACUAUCCAGGUGUUGGUCUCGGAGAUUCCUCAACCUUGCCCGACCGUCAUGUUAUACGACUAUUAUCCCGAGAAACGAUAGAGUCUCUUAUUCAUGGAAACUGCGAGCCUGAAUUUGCAGUAUUAGUGGAGAAGGAAAGACCACGCUCACAAAACCUCCUUGCAUCUGAUACGAUUGCCAUCGGUAGAAGGGCUUUUGUAAUCAAUCCGGCUGACUAUUCUCUCCAUCCCAUCACGACUGGUCCAGUUAUCGAAGCUGAUGGUAGAAUCUACGUCCUAACGGCCGCGCAUGGAUUCGUGACCGGAAGCAACUCAGGGAAGAUCGAAGAACAGGUCCUUGGGGAAUUGGAUGACUGCGAUUUCGAUGGCAUGAGCGAUGGCGAGGAAGUUAUCGAUGAACCCACGCUUGAGUUGGUGAGAUCAGAUAAAAGUCUCACUUUCAAACCAUUCACUUUGGUAAACCCGUUCUCCAGAUCAGGGCUUUCUGAGAUCCGAGAUUCCCUAGAAGAUGCUGAGGAGCCUUGCGAGAUCGAUUUGUCCAACCUAGAAUUCUACGGGACAUUAGCUCUAAGCUCGGCAACUGGAAAUCGCCCUGCACUGGAUUAUGCUCUUAUCGAACUGAGAAACACGCUUGGUCCUGAAGAGCUCGGACCGUAUGCUAUCACUAUAGAGGAUGCAGACAUGAUCGGACCCCAAGAUGCCGGUAUUAUUGCAUAUCUGGGUGAGUCUGGUCAAGUCGAGGGAGAGCUUACGGCAACUCCAACAUACAUACACCUCCCUGGGUGGCGGCGAUUCCAGGAGGUUUACCCGAUUCGUCUCAAAAGUCACCUAUUCUCUGUGGGAGAUAGUGGGGCUGGUGUUUUCAAUAUGUACAACGAAAGAUUCUAUGGGCACAUAGUUGCUGGCGGUCCCGGCACUAAUAUUGCAUACAUUGUCCCUGCGGUAGAGACCUUGGUGGAUAUUCAGAUACGCAUACGUCUUGGCCAGAAGCCUCCCCCGAUCACCAUAAACGACCUCAAGCAGAUAGCACAGGAGGGACUUUCCUACAUUUUCUACAGCAUGUUGACUGGUUUGACGACAAAUCCAGGAUUAUGGUUAUGUGCCAUACUGGGGCAUUACCUAAAAGUAUCCAACGGAGAGGAGAGGAGCUGGUCAGAGAGUAUGGAGUUAUACUUCAAGUUUAUACUUCCUGCGGCUCUAGUUAUGGCUUUUGGAUUCAUGGUAGGAUGGUUUUAUAUUUUUGUACCGAGAGAACUGCAGCGUAGGUCUAGAGGCGCAGCACCAGGUAAACAGUCUGGAUCGGAGUUGUUGACACAGCAAGGUCGGUCGGACAAGAAACCACUUAAAAUAGAAUAA